UUUUGAUUAAUAAAAUAAAUGUAUUACAACAGCUCGGUAGUUCAAUAUUUUGUUCACGAUGGCGCCAAAAUCUCAUCACUAAUCAGUUGGUCAACAAUACGCACGUGUACGAUUGAAGGCGCCACAGCUAAACGAACGGAAGUGUUUCGUACACGGAUAUGCUCAAAGCAAAGGAUCGUAGACCUACCCAGAGGAGGAGAAUGUAGCGACGAAGUUAUACCGAAGAAGAAGUUGAGGCCUCUACUUAAUAUUGAAGAUUCUAUUUGCAAAAAUCAAUGUCUACACGACAAUAAGAAAUUUUCCAAAAAAUUGUAACCAAAUCGAAAAAAAUUGAAAAAACUCUGAAAAAAUCUUGAAAUUCAUUCGAGAGCGUAUUACUUCACUAGCAUGUGGUUGGUCGCUGCAGGAAAUAGAGGAGAUCCUGUAAUCAAUCAAGAAUCAACUGAGAAAUCGAAGAACAUUUAGGCAACACGGGGAAUAAAAUAAAGUAUGAUGACAAGGCACUGAUUCUUAGUACUUUGAUUUUUUUCGGAAACAAGAAUCUGCUUACAAAAUUUAACAACGACCGAGAAUUAAUUGAUGGUGAGAUAUUCUACACGUUCAGCUACGAGGAAAAUUAUAGCCAGAUGAAAGCACUUGUUGAUGAGUUACAUAAAACAAUUGGAAGAGUAGUCGAAGGUGGUGGCGAAAAGUCAAAGGCUCGUCAUAUCGGUAAAGGAAAGUUAUUACCAAGAGAAAGGAUAAAUACUUUGCUCGACAAAGGUUCUUCAUUUCUUGAAUUCUCCCAACUUGCCGGUCACAAUAUGUAUGAAAAUGACUAUGUACCUGCAGGAGGAAUUAUCACAGGAAUUGGAAGGAUCGAGGGACAUAAAUGCGUUGUGGUGGCAAAUGACGCGACGGUAAAAGGUGGUUCCUAUUAUCCCAUAACUGUUAAAAAACAUCUACGAGCACAGGAAAUAGCAAUGGAGAAUAAACUGCCUUGUGUCUAUUUGGUAGAUAGUGGUGGGGCUAAUUUGUUGCGUCAAGCCCAAGUUUUUCCCGACAAGGAACACUUUGGUAGAAUUUUUUACAAUCAAGCCCAAAUGAGUUCUAGGGGUAUCGCGCAAAUUGCAGUUGUCAUGGGCAGCUGCACCGCUGGUGGAGCUUACGUCCCUGCCAUGGCUGAUGAGAAUAUUAUAAUUGAAAAACAAGGUACUAUCUUUUUAGCUGGACCACCGCUCGUCAAAGCAUCAACUGGGGAAGCGGUUUCCUCUGAAGAUUUGGGAGGAGCGGCUUUACAUUGUCGGACUUCUGGAGUGACUGACCAUUACGCAGUAAAUGAUACCCACGCCUUGUAUUUGGCGCGACGGAUAGUGAAAAAUUUGAAUCAACAAAAGCAUCCGGAUCUUGGCAUCGCCAAGGAAGUUGUCCCACCUUUGUAUGCAGCGGAUGAGAUAUAUGGAAUUGUCGGAGCAAACUUGAAGCGCCCUUUCGAUGUGAGGGAAGUCAUAGCUAGGCUAGUAGAUGGGUCACAGUUUGACGAGUUCAAAGAACAGUAUGGAGAAACUCUGGUCACUGGCUUCGCUAGGCUACAUGGUUGCCCCAUUGGAAUCAUUGCUAACAACGGCGUACUUUUCUCUGAAAGUGCACUGAAAGGUGCCCACUUUGUUCAACUGUGCGAUCAAAGAAAGACUCCGCUAAUAUUCUUACAAAAUAUCACCGGUUUCAUGGUUGGAAGAGACGCAGAAUCCGGAGGGAUUGCUAAAAAUGGGGCAAAGAUGGUGAUGGCUGUAGCCUGUACGCAGGUCCCUAAGAUUACUUUGGUUAUCGGUGGAUCGUACGGCGCUGGAAAUUAUGGUAUGUGCGGUCGAGCUUAUUCUCCGAGGUUCAUGUAUUCUUGGCCAAACGCGAGGAUAUCCGUCAUGGGAGGUGAACAAGCUGCCGGAGUUUUGGCACAGGUUACAAAAGAUCAACGAGCCAGAGAAGGGAAACCGUGGACCAAAAAAGAAGAGGAUGCUUUGAAGAAUCCAUUGAUUAACCAAUUUGAAACUGAAGGGAGUCCGUAUUAUUCUAGUGCAAGGCUUUGGGAUGACGGCGUGAUAGAUCCAGCGGAUACGAGAGCGGUACUUGCAGUAAGUUUAGCGGCUGCAUUGAACGCACCUAUUGCAGAUAGCAGAUACGGUGUCUUCCGGAUGUGAAUAUUGUAUUCACAGUUUCAAUUUUAUGAAUACAAAUAUGUACAGAAUGUACGUACGUACGGUAAGUCGUGAAAGCGCUAUCCCAAAGAUGCUCUGUUGGUUUUUGUUUCUUGCUUUUUGCAAGAAGGAACAACAUGAAUCUCUACCCAUAUUCUAAAACCAAAGUAUACUUGACGAUAUGUUAUAAAAUACGUGUCAUAUUUAAUGCAAAGUUAAAAAUGUCGUCAAUCUUUUUGAAUAUACAUAUUUCAUGAUUA